AUGGCAUCAAGACACCGUGUUCACAGAGAACCCUUGAGUGCCAGAAGGGGGUAUCCGCCGGAUGGGCCUUAUGCUCGCGGACCUCCGAUGCCGCGCCCGCCGCCAAUUCCUCCUCACCCGGCUGUGUUGGAAGAGGAACUUGAAUUUCAGCAUGCCGAGAUGCGGCGGUUGGUGGCAGACAACAGGAGGUUGAUUGAUGACCGCAUGGCGUUGCAGCGAGACCUGGCGGCCGCGAAAGAGGAGCUUCAUCGAAUGAAUCUCGCCAUCGGUGACAUUCGCGCUGAGCAUGAGGCGCAUUCGAGGGAGCUUGUUGAGAAAGGCAUGAAGAUGGAGGCUGACCUUAGGGCAAAUGAGCCCCUGAAGAAUGAAGUCAUGCAACUGCGGGCUGAAGUUCAGAAACUUAAUAAUCUCAAACAAGAGCUGACAGGGAAGGUUCAGACACUCACACAAGAUGUUGCAAGGUUACAAGCAGAUAAUCAGCAAAUUCCUAUGAUGAGGGCUGAGAUGGAUGGCCUGCACCAAGAGCUAAUGCGUGCCAGGUGUGUGGCUCAAUUGCUGACAGGGUUUCCAUUCUCUAUUGUCAAGCUCUUUUGUGAUAGAACCAUGGUGGAUUAUGAAAAGAAGGCAAACAUAGAGUUCAUGGAACAGAGGCAGUCCAUGGAAAAAAAUUUGGUUUCCAUGGCCCGGGAAGUUGAGAAAUUACGUGCUGAGCUUGCAAGUUCUGAUGGAAGACAUUGGGGUGCUGGUAUGUCAGGUGGACCAUAUGGAACACAGUUUGGUAGCCCAGAGGGUUUUCCAGCUCCAUAUACAGAUGGAUAUGGCAUUCACUUGGGUUCUGCAGAGAAAGGUCCUCCCUAUGGGGCGAGUGCUGCUUCAAGAAAGGGACAUGAGAAGCCUCGCAUGAAUCGUCGUUGA